GAAUUCUCGGGCGGCGUCUCACAUCUUCCACCGGGCGACCAUGGGCCACGUCCAGCAGGGGCGCAGCGGCGCGGGCCCGGACGCCUGACAGCCCCGCGCCUCCGGGAAGUCGCCGCGUCUGAACGUGGACGUGACCCAAGGAGAGGCUCCCGGCCGCCACCCUGGUGCGUGGAGAGAAGGAAGAAGGCAGUCUCCUAGUUGGUGCCGCUAACAUCAGAUGGAUGGUUUCUAGCCUGCUCCCCAACCCCACCUCGGCCGAGUGUUGGGCGGCCCUUCUACAUGGUCAUAUGACUCUUGAUAUGGACGCGGUCCUGUCCGACUUUGUUCGGUCCACGGGGGCAGAACCUGGUCUGGCCAGAGACCUGCUGGAAGGCAAAAACUGGGACCUGACAGCCGCUCUGAGUGACUAUGAGCAGCUGCGACAGGUGCACACAGCCAACCUGCCACAUGUGUUCAACGAGGGCAGGUGCCCCAAGCAGCCGGAGCGAGAGCCAGCGCAGCCCGGGCACAAGGUGGAGCGGCCCUGCCUGCAGAGACAGGACGACAUUGCCCAAGAGAAGCGCCUGUCGCGGGGCAUCUCGCACGCCAGCUCUGCCAUCGUCUCCCUGGCCCGGUCCCACGUGGCGGGCGAGUGCAGCAGCGAGCAGUUCCCCCUGGAGAUGCCCAUCUACACCUUCCAGCUGCCCGACCUGAGCGUGUACAGCGAGGACUUCCGGAGCUUCAUCGAGCGGGACCUGAUCGAGCAGGCCACCAUGGUGGCUUUGGAGCAGGCGGGUCGCCUGAACUGGUGGUCUGCCGUGUGCACAAGCUGCAAGCGGCUUCUCCCUCUGGCCACGACGGGGGACGGGAACUGCCUUCUCCACGCCGCCUCACUGGGGAUGUGGGGCUUCCACGACCGGGACCUGGUGUUGCGGAAAGCUCUCUACACCAUGAUGAGGACGGGGGCCGAGAGGGAGGCCCUGAAGCGGCGGUGGAGGUGGCAGCAGACGCAGCAGAACAAGGAGUCAGGGCUGGUGUACACGGAGGAGGAGUGGGAGCGGGAGUGGACGGAGCUGCUGAAGCUGGCCUCCAGCGAGCCGCGCACACACUUCAGCAAGAACAGCGGCACGAGCGGGGGCGCGGACAACCCUGAGGACCCCGUGUACGAGAGCCUCGAGGAGUUCCACGUCUUCGUGCUGGCCCACAUCCUGAGGAGGCCGAUCGUCGUGGUGGCAGAUACGAUGCUGCGGGACUCGGGCGGGGAAGCCUUCGCGCCCAUCCCGUUCGGCGGGAUUUACCUGCCGUUGGAGGUGCCUCCCAACAGGUGCCACUGCUCGCCUCUGGUUCUCGCCUACGACCAAGCCCACUUCUCUGCCCUCGUGUCCAUGGAGCAGAGAGACCAGCAGAGAGAACAAGCCGUGAUCCCGCUGACGGACUCCGAGCACAGGCUGCUGCCCCUGCACUUCGCGGUGGACCCCGGCAAGGACUGGGAGUGGGGCAAAGACGACAAGGACAACGCCCGGCUGGCCCACCUCAUCCUGUCGCUGGAGGCCAAGCUGAACCUCCUGCACAGCUACAUGAACGUGACGUGGAUCCGGAUCCCCUCGGAGACCCGGGCCCCUCUGGCGCAGCCAGAAUCCCCAACGGCCUCGGCGGGGGAGGACGUGCAGUCCCUGGCAGACUCCCUGGACUCGGACCGAGACUCGGUGUGCAGCAAUUCCAACAGCAAUAACGGCAAGAGCAGCAAGGACAAGGACAAGGAGAAGCAGCGCAAAGAGAAGGACAAGACCCGCGCGGACUCCGUGGCCAACAAGCUGGGCAGCUUCAGCAAGACGCUGGGCAUCAAGCUGAAGAAAAACAUGGGCGGCCUGGGAGGCCUGGUGCACGGCAAGAUGGGCCGCGCCAACUCCGCCAACGGCAAGAACGGCGACGCGCCCGAGCGCGCCAAGGACAAGAAGGCCAAGUCGCGCAAGGGCAGCAAAGAGGAGUCGGGCGCGUCUGCGAGCACGUCGCCGUCGGAGAAGACCACACCGUCGCCCACGGACAAGGCGGUGGGCGCGUCGCCGGCGGACAAGGGCGGCGGGCCGCGGGGCGACUCCUGGAAGUACAGCACGGACGUGAAGCUGAGCCUCAACAUCCUGCGCGCCGCCAUGCAGGGCGAGCGCAAGUUCAUCUUCGCCGGCCUGCUGCUCACCAGCCACCGGCACCAGUUCCACGAGGAGAUGAUCGGCUACUAUCUGACCAGCGCGCAGGAGCGCUUCAGUGCCGAGCAGGAGCAGCGGCGCCGUGAUGCCGCCACCGCGGCCGCCGCUGCCGCCGCUGCCACGGCCAAGCGGCCACCGCGCAGGCCCGAGGCUGAGGGCGCACCGGGCUCUGAGCGCUCCUCCCCGGGCCCUCCAGCCGGGCCACCCACGCAGCUGGUGCUCAAGUUCAAGGAGCGCCCGAGCCCAGGUCCAGCGGCGGGCACGCGGGCGGCACGGGCAGCGGCGGGCGGCUCGGCCUCCCCAGGCCUAGGUGGCGGGGGUGCGCGGCGCCCUGGUGCCAGCGGACCGGCCCCCGGGCGCAGCCCCCCGGCGCGCCAGAGCAUCAUCCACGUGCAGACAGCGGGAGCGCGGGACGAGGCGUGCGCUCCGGCCGUGGGCGCACUGCGGCCGUGUGCCACGUACCCGCAGCAGAACCGCUCGCUGUCGUCACAGAGCUACAGCCCGGCACGUGCCGCCGCCCUGCGCACGGUCAACACGGUGGAGUCGCUGGCACGCGCCGUGCCCGGGGCCCUGGCGAGCGCGGCGGGGGCGGCCGGCGCGGCCGAGCCCAAGUCGCAGACCUACACCAACGGCUUCGGGGCCACGCGCGACGGCUUGGAGUUUGCCGACGCCGACGUGCCGGCCACGCGCUGGAACGGUGAGUGUGGCCGUGGCGGGCCGGGCCCGGCGCAGCGGCGCUGCCAGCGCGAGAACUGCGCCUUCUACGGGCGCGCCGAGACGGAGCACUUCUGCUCCUACUGCUACCGCGAGGAGCUGCGGCGGCGCCGCGAGGCGCGCGGGGCCCGGCCCUGAGCCGCGCGCCCGGCGGCUCGCCUAGGAAAGGACUGCUUUCCAUUCUGUCGGUGUCUUUUUUUACGUGCCCUGGUCACCCGGAAGGCCGGCGACCCCCGUGUCAGUGCCGUGUGCGUGUUCGGUCAAACGUUCCUACUGGUGCCUGAACACUGACGCCACUCAGGUAGUAGAAGGAUAGGAGACAAGUCAUACCGUCGGCAGUGGGUGUGCUAGCUAGCGUCUGCCUCGUUCCGUGGAAUCUCAUAGCCAUUGCAAGAGUAUUUUUGUUCCGAAAUAAAGAAAUUUGCAGCCCUUUGUUUUUAGAAGGGAGUGUUUUACAUGCUUUUUUUUUUCCCUCCCCCUAACCCAGCGACUGACCUCUUCCGUGCAGCGGUCCCCCGUGUAUGCGCUCGGUACCACCCAGGACGCCGGCGGCGGCCCCUCUGCCGUGGGCGCCACCUGCUUCCCCUCCCGGGUCCCUGGAGGAGGGGAGGCAAGUGGCCCCCUGCUGACGCCCUGGUGGUCCCUGAGGCCCAUUAGGAACACACACGGCUCCAUCUCCAUACGCAAAGCCACCUCCCAGAGCGCCCCGCUCCACCCCGCCUUGAGCGACUCUCACACUGCCAUCCAAGCCGCGGGCGCCGGUAGGCCGGGCACCGGACAACCUACCUCGCAGGGCGCAGUGAGGGGUAGCGACCGCCCCGGUGCCGGGCAGCUCCAGUGACAGCAGCUUUCCAAAGACACCUGGGGCCCACACCGCAAAGUCCUGAACUCGCUAAUCCGAGCCACCCCUGUACGAGCAAAGACGCCGGCCUGCUCACACUUCUCCUUUGAAGGCACUUCCGACUGUGGACUGUCGCCGCAGGGCCCCCAGGAAGUGGUGACCGGUGCCAGCCCGCGCCCCCCCAGAGAGGCGAGGAAUUGACCCUUUGGUCACUGUGUAAGCCCCCCCCAGGCUGCUUCCAAACCCAGCUGCACCUCUUUCUGAAGGGGAGGAAGCCCACCCCAACCCCACCCGCAUCUGUCCGGGUUCAGCCAGGUACAGGGGUGCCACACGCCCAUCGGGGGUCCCCUCCGCAGGCCGGGGACCACCCUGCCCGUGGCCCCAUCCCACACGGAGGGGGGGCAGCCCCCUCCCUGAGCGGUCUCUCUUUUUGGUGCCUCCUACAUUUCUUGAGGAAAAACAAAAUGUGUCCUUAGCCACCCCGUUUUGCGCAGCAAUAGGCAGCCUCUCCUUUCCAAGAUUACCUCCGAGAUCACGGUUCUGGGUCCAGGGCACCGAGGAGUUAACCCCGCCUCGCUGAAGAGCGCGCUGGUUUCCAAGGGAACGCGGAGAACAUGGGGCAAAUCCUCGCUAGCAAAAGAGUAACCUAAACCCCGGGAGGAGAGCCUUAGGGGAGCCCGAAUGACCCCCAAACAGGAGGAAGCGCCCAGCUCCGCUGAGCGCACGCCCCCGGGAAGGGCCGCGGGCAGAACAUCUCUCUUCGCCGGAGCUCCUCCCACAGAAGGGUGCUCCCUCCCGGGACACAAAG